AUGCCCAAUGUCACUAGAAUUACAGGGUUCAUCCUUAUGGGAUUCUCUGACGUUCCUGAGCUACAGACUGUAUGUGGGCUGUUCUUCCUGGUAAUGUACUUAGCAGUCAUAAUGAGUAACUUCCUCAUCAUCACUCUCAUCACCCUGGAUCUGAAACUCCAAACACCCAUGUACUUUUUCCUAAAGAAUUUGAGCCUGUUAGAUGUCUUUUUGAUUUCUGUUCCAAUCCCAAAUUUCUUUAUCAAUAGCAUAACUCACAAUAAUUCAAUUUCUAUUCUGGGUUGUGCCCUGCAAUUGUUUUUAAUGACAUCAUUUACAUCUGGGGAAGUAUUUGUCCUAACAGCAAUGUCAUAUGACCGCUAUAUUGCCAUCUGCUCUCCUCUACAUUAUGAGGCCAUCAUGAGUAGUGGUAACUGUGUACUGAUGGUAGGUGUUUCCUGGGCUACUGGGGUACUCUUUGGAACUUUAUACACGGCUGGCACAUUUUCCAUGCCCUUCUGUGGCUCCCAUGUGAUCCCACAGUUUUUCUGUGAUGUUUCCUCAUUGUUAAGGAUUUCCUGCUCUAACUCACUUGUAGUCAUUUAUACAAGUCUUGGAAUUGGUUUCUGUCUGGGUAUGUUUUGUUUCAUCUGUGUUGUGAUCUCUUACUUUUACAUUUUCUCCACUGUACUGAAGAUUCGUACCACUAAGGGUCAGUCCAAAGCAUUUGCCACCUGCCUCCCCCACCUCACAGUUUUCAGUGUUUUCAUUGCUACUGCUUGCUUUGUCUAUCUGAAGCCACCUUCAAAUACAGCAUCAAUUGCAGAUAGAGUGUUUUCUGUGCUAUACAUUGUGUUGCCUCCAUCACUUAAUCCUGUGAUUUAUAGUCUGAGAAAUACAGAUAUCAAGUGUGCUUUGAAGAGUUUGCAACAAAAUCUUUGCCCAAGGGGGUUACUUCACUUAACAGUUCAAAGUAUCUGUCCAUGGUGUAGUAGCUCACAUUUUAUAAACAAGUUUUAUAAUUAUUGA